GGCGGGCAACCCGGCCGCCUCCGUCGUCCCCGCCCUCCGCGCACCGUGCGCGGCAGCCGAGGCGAUUCUCGGCACAAGCGUUUUCCGAUCCUCACAGACCGCAAACCCGCUCCGUGGAAGAAAAUGAUGAGCAGAAAAGGAGGAGGUGGGGCUGGGGUGUCGCGGAGCCGCACGACCGGCCGCAGGGAGUGUCGGGGGAGGGCCCGGGUUUGGGGCGCCCGCCCGCGGUGACGCGCGCCCCCCGCCCGCCGCAGCGCCACUGCAAUGGCCGAGCGGGACCGUCGGACGCCGCCGCCCGCCCGCGGAGAGCCUUGGUGAAUGAGAACAUGUAGCAGAGUGGCAGUGAGGCGGCAUCUGCCACAGCUUGGCGUGGACAGCCCAGCCCACACAGGCGGCCCACCCCCGGUGCCCCUCGGGCCACCCUCACCAUGUCCAAGAAGGGCGUGGGCAGCCGGAGCAAGGGGGACAGGGCCGAGGCCCUCGCCGCACUGCAGGCCGCCAACGAGGAGCUGCGGGCCAAGCUCACCGACAUCCAGAUCGAGCUGCAGCAGGAGAAGAGCAAGGUCAGCCGGGUGGAGCGCGAGAAGAACCAGGAGCUGAGGCAGGCGCGCGAGCACGAGCAGCACAAGAGCGCGGUGCUGCUCACGGAGCUCAAGAGCAAGCUGCACGAGGAGAAGAUGAAGGAGCUGCAGGCCGUGCGCGAGACGCUGCUGCGGCAGCACGAGGCCGAGCUGCUGCGCGUCAUCAAGAUCAAGGACAACGAGAACCAGCGGCUGCAGGCGCUGCUGCACGCCCUGCACGACAGCGGCCCCGACAAGGCCAAGGCCACGCUGCUGUCCGAGGCCAAGGAGGAGGCCCGGAAGGGGUUCGAGGUGGAGAAGGUGAAGAUGCAGCAGGAGAUCUCGGAGCUCAAGGGCGCCAAGCGGCAGGUGGAGGAGGCACUGACCGUGGUCAUGCAGGCCGACAAGAUCAAGGCCGCGGAGAUCCGCAGCGUGUACCACCUGCACCAGGAGGAGAUCUCCCGCAUCAAGAAGGAGUGUGAGCGGGAGAUCCGCAGGCUGAUGGAGGAGAUAAAGUUUAAGGACAGAGCAGUCUUCGUGCUGGAGAGAGAGUUAGGGGUCCAAGCCGGGCUCGCUCAGAGGCUGCAGCUCCAAAAGGAGGCCCUAGAUGAGCAGCUGUCCCAGGUCAGAGAGGCUGAUCGGCACCCGGGCAGCCCCAGACGGGAACUUCCUUAUGCAAGCGGUGCAGGAGAUGCUUCAGACCACUCGGGAAGCCCUGAGCAGCAGUUGGAUGAGAAGGAUGCUCGGCGCUUCCAACUUAAAAUCGCGGAGCUGAGCGCCAUCAUUCGGAAGCUGGAGGACCGGAACGCCUUGCUGUCGGAGGAGAGGAACGAACUGCUCAAGCGUCUCCGAGAAGCUGAAAGUCAGUACAAGCCAUUGCUGGAGAAAAACAAACGUCUUACUCGGAAGAAUGAGAGUCUGUCCCACACUUUGCGUCGCGCGGAAAACAAGUUGAAAUUCCUAACCCAGGAGAACAUAGAAAUGAGACAAAGAGCCGGGAUCAUAAGGAGACCCAGCUCCUUAAACGACCUGGACCAGAGCCAGGAGGAAAGAGAAGUCGACUUCCUGAAGCUCCAGAUUGUGGAGCAGCAGAACCUCAUAGACGAGCUGUCCAAGACCCUGGAAACGGCCGGCUACGUGAAGAGCGUGUUAGAACGGGACAAGCUGCUGAGGUUCCGGAAGCAGAGGAAGAAGAUGGCCAAGCUCCCCAAGCCGGUUGUGGUGGAGACCUUCUUCGGCUACGAUGAAGAGGCUUCUCUGGAAUCCGACGGCUCUUCCAUAUCCUACCAGACUGACAGGACGGACCAGACCCCGUGCACCCCCGACGACGAUCUGGAGGAGGGCGUGGCCAAGGAGGAGACGGAGCUGCGGUUCCGGCAGCUGACCAUGGAGUACCAGGCCCUGCAGCGUGCGUACGCCCUCCUGCAGGAGCAGGUCGGAGGGACGCUGGACGCCGAGCGAGAAGUUAAGACCCGUGAGCAGCUGCAAGCUGAUGUGCAGAGGGCGCAGGCGCGGAUCGAGGACCUGGAGAGGGCGCUGGCAGAGCAGGGGCAGGACAUGAAGUGGAUCGAAGAGAAGCAAGCCCUGUAUCGGAGGAACCAAGAGCUUAUCGAAAAGAUUAAACAGAUGGAGGCGCAAGAGGCUCGGCUGAAACUUGAGGUCCAGGAUGCGAAAGACCAGAACGAGCUGCUGGAGUUCCGGAUCCUGGAGCUGGAGGAGCGGGAGAGGAACUCGCCUGCCAUCAACUUCCACCACACCCCCUUCGCAGACGGCAAGAGCCCCCUGCAAGCGUACUGCGAGGCGGAAGGCGUGACGGACAUCCUGGUCACAGAGCUGAUGAAGAAGCUGGACAUCUUGGGGGACAACGCCGUAAGUAAUCUGACCAAUGAAGAGCAAGUGGUCGUCAUACAAGCCAGGACAGUCUUGACCUUGGCUGAAAAGUGGCUCCAGCAGAUUGAAGAGACCGAGGCAGCCCUGCAGCGGAAGAUGACCGACCUGGAGAGCGAGAAGGAGCUGUUCAGUAAGCAGAAGGGCUACCUGGACGAGGAGCUGGACUUCCGCAAGCAGGCGCUGGACCAGGCCCACAAGCAUAUCCUGGAGCUGGAGGCCAUGCUGUUCGACGCGCUGCAGCAGGAGGCAGGGGCCAAGGUGGCUGAGCUGCUGUCGGAGGAGGAGCAGGAGAAGCUCAGGGUGGCCGUGGAGCAGUGGAAGCGCCAGGUCAUGAGCGAGCUGCGGGAACGGGACGCCCAGAUCCUGCGGGAGCGCAUGGAGCUGCUGCAGCUGGCACAGCAGAGAAUUAAAGAGUUAGAAGAAAGAAUAGAAGCCCAGAAGAGACAAAUAAAGGAACUGGAGGAAAAGCUUUCAUUCUCUGGUCUUAGCUCGCCCGGGUGCCCUGACGUGCCCCCAGCGGAGCCGGACCCUGUGCCUCCAGCCGGACCAGAGAGCAGCGGCAGCCCAGGUGGCCAGACGAGACAGCCCGUGUCAUCCCUGAAGAUACAGGAGGGUCCGGCCUCUGCGGACCCCUCCUGUCGGGGGAGAGGCAGGGGUUGGGCUUGAGCGGCUGGCUGUCACCUCGAUGGGCCGGAGGGCUCCUUUCCCGACUGGGCUCCUCUGGAAGAGGCCUGGUCUUGGCUGUUGGACGCCAGGCUCCUUGGGGCGCAGCCCCCCAAUCCCGCCCCCGAGCCUGCACGUCCACCCUGCCUGGUUCCCCACGUGGCUGUCGCACACCCAGUCUUGGAAGAAGAUCCUCAGAAAAAUGUCGGUGCCCCAUAAAAUGACAGGAUGGAGGCCAUGGCCGUCAUGGUGACCUGCUUCAGGGAAAUCAGAAGGGAUCCUCAGACAUCAUGAGUAGGGUCUCCCUGGGCCACCGCAGGUGGUGAGGUGACGCUGUGACUCACUCGCUGGGGUCCCAAACACCUACUGAUGGACACGCCAGAGUGACCCCUUGUCUGUGACGCUGUCACCAUGGGCGCAGAUGGGAGCGCGGUUGCCGCCCUAUGCCUUCACCGUGGCCAGGAGCCGGGCAGAACAGAGCACGAUGACGAGGACAAGAGGCAGGAUGAGACGGGGACGGCCACCUGCAAAGCAGCCUGACCUCCGACACCCAGGAGGCACCCCAGCCGUGCAGCCCAGACCCCGCCAAGGGUCUGUCGCCCCCGCUCGAGGCCUGCGGGCUGUGGGGAGCCGAGUGUGGCCGCAGCUGCCCAGUCUGGACUCUGCCCUUCACACUCAAGGGCGGCCGUGCACCUGGGAGGGUGAGGAGAGCCGGACAGGAGGUGGUGAGCAGAGGAGACUGCACGUGGGCGAAGCCAGUCUUAGUGUGAUUUCCCUCCCGGCCAAGGGCUUGGGGCCACAGCCCAGGGCGGCUCCCGACGCUCGGAUGCGUUGCGACUGUGACAUCGGCACCUUCGUGGGCCUCACAGCGGCUGGGACGGUCUGAGGUUGUUGCUCUCGGAGCUGAAGAAAUUGCGGGGGGGAGGGGUGGCGGGCUGUGUAUAUGUGCGCACAUGGUGCACGUGCACACACGUGUCAGUGAGAAGACUGUGUGUGGGAAGGAGCUCUUUAGGACGUUUCUAGAAGCCAGCACAAGGGGCAGCUGGCCAUGCUGCCGUGUGGGGACGGAACUCCGGCACCGCGUCCCUGAGGGCUGCCGGUGCUGUCUGGAAGCGGGCAGGUCGGUCUGCAUCUGUGUCGGAACAGAGGUUCCACUCGGGUGCGCCGGUGGUGGCAGCCGGAUGGAGUCCCUUGGCUGAGGUCGGGGACGUUUGUAGGAUUAGACAGGCAUGGCCCCCUCCCCGGGCAUCGCAGGGACCCACGGGUCGGUGCCACACUCGGUGCCGGAGCUGCUGUGCUGUCGGGAGGCUGCGCUGACUCACCCACUGGGACAAGACCUGGGCGGGCACGGCAUUCCCGGCUGAGCCCGGCAUGGGGGUUGGCUUCUCACGUCACAAAUCCCCCGUGGGGUGGUGUCUCAUCCUGCCGACCGCGCCGUCCUGGCGCACUCGCUGUGCUCAGGCAGGAUGGCGGCAGCGGUCCUGCGUGGGUGAGAGGCCCCACCGAGGUACGGAUGAGCCGGUCCGAGUGUGAGGGUCGUGGGGCCCAGGUGGGCGGAUUGUGCACACCUGUGCAGGAGUGGCAGCCACGUGGGUGGCCGUGCAGGGCCUAAAGGCACGGACUCGAAACCCAAAGCCACGUCCCUGUGUCCUUGUGUCCUCACGGCUUUGCACGCCAACCCACCCAGCCCAGACACUCCUUAGUCAUAGCUUGUCACUUGGAAAGGGCGCACUGCAGGGAGCAGGAGGCGCGGAAGUACCACCCGACGCUCGUGAAGGUGUUAGGAAGUUGGGGGGGGCGGUGUGAGUGUGGGAACCAGAAAACAGCGCAGUGGCUGUUCUGGUGACUUUCCGAGCACCGACCGACCGUCUGCGCCCCUGCUGCCCCCCUGGACACACACGCCGAGGUGUGGUGUCCCUUGUCCCCUUUAGACAUCGUGGUUCUUGGUCACAUGUCAGAGGCACCUGGUCCAUCUGAUCCCCAAAUCCAGCAUUUCAGGACCGAGCUCUGGACAAAAAUGCAAAACGUGAGCAUCUGUCACUGGCACCUGCCUGUCGAGGGAGCACCUGGAGAAUUAGGGUGUUUUAAACACGAGCAUCUUUGACUCAAGGCCAGUGGGCUCUUCCAGCAGAGAGUCUGCGUGGAAAAGCUUCGCGCCGCAGUGGACCAGGAGGGGGGGCCCUGAGAGGCUGUCCCAAACGUCAUCUGCGUAACCAGGCCGCUGGCACGUCUGCAGCUGUCCUGUGUCUCACCGUGUGUGUGCCCCCCGAACAGAGACCCGUGUCCCUUGCUGACACAGAUGGGUGUGCACCCCGUGUCCACGGUCCGGGGUGCCCGCUGCUGAGAGACUGGCACUUCCGUAAAGUGCUCUGCCCACGUGGAACCCCGAGCCCUCUGCCACCCCGCGUGCCUUACACGGCCGGCGCAGGCGCACACCACCCGGCGUCGGGACGCAGGGUGCGUGGGACUGGGCUUGGGGCACUGUCCCGUCAGCCUGCGUUUGCCAGCACCCUGUCACCGGAACCUGAGAGUGGCCUCUGUGUCCCGACACAGUGACAAACUUCUCUCUAGGCUCAGGGAAUCGAGUUGUAAAACGUGUAUCAAAUCCCGUAUUUGUUUACUGUAUAUUUUUAAAAGCUUUAUUGUAAAUUAACGCAAAAAACGAAGUAGGACUUCGUCUCGCGGCUUCGUGCCGCCGGCAUCAGCGUCCCCUGGAAAACGCAGUGACGGGCUGAACAUGUGGUCCGCUCCGCGCUGAACAGCGCUCCCCGGCCCUUGGGCAGGUCUGUGCGACGGUCGGCCACAGCAUUUUACAUGUAUUUUUGUACCGCAGUUCCUAUGAUACAUAUAUAUACACACACCAGAGAAUUUUUACU